AUGCCCAAAUGGGAUGACCAAAGGGACACCCAUACCUCUGCAGCAGCUUUUCUUGGAGCAUUUGAAGUUGAGUUGCAAACCUACGGGUUGAAAGCUGAGGAAGAAUGGGAACGUCUCCUUCCACGCUGCUUGUCGUAUACACAAAACUUGUGGUUGAAAGAACAGAAGGCUAAGCUAAAGGUGCCUGCCACGUGGUCUGCUAUUUCGGAUUUGAUCCUUAAGAAGUAUGACACACAAACGCAACGUAUCCAAGCUAUGCUUUCUGUACUCAACUUACGACAACAAAACAGACCGCUGGACCUUUACUGUAAUGAAUUCCAGCAACGAUGUGUCGAAGCUGGCAUGACAGAAACGGUUCCUGCUGGUUUGUUGUUAGUCAUCAUCUUUCUUUAUUCCCUCUCUGAUAAGCAUAACGAAAAGGCAAUUACUGCCAUCGUUAAUCGCUUUGGCACUGAAAUGCCAACGGAUUUGGAAGCAGUAUGUGACCUUGUCAAAGCCAUGAAGCUCUCUGAUUGUGGCAACAAGCGUACCAACAACAAUGACUCUUCCAUUGAAUCAAAGAAGCAAAAGGCCGACCAAGAUUCAGCCAACCAAGCACCCAAAAAGCAAAAACCUUGCAAAUGGUGUGGUCGAAAAUGGAAACAUGGCCAUAAAUGUGAUGAAUAUUAUGAAAAGAAUGGAUUGCCCAAUCCAAAACUCGUCAAGCUCAACCGUUCCGCCCGUGUUGACAAUGAUGAUCCCAUGGACACAUUACCAUGUAAGUCCUCUAAGCAAAGCAAAUCAUCGAAGUUUGAAGAUGAAGUACUCACACCCAUCACAAUAGAAAGCCACCAAAUAAUGGCACUAGUCGAUGGAGGAGCUACAUUUUCGUCGAUUGAUAUAGAUUUUGCAAAAAAGUCAUCAUUUAAAAUAAACAUGGUUAAAGGACAUAUUAGCUUGGGAUCAAAUGGUGUACGUGUACCUCGAUUGGGGAUAACAGAUCCACUCACAAUCAUCUAUAAUGGAAAAACACAUACAUGCAGAUUCGAAGUCAUGAACUUGGCACGAAAACAUCCUAUGAGUAUCGGUUGGGAUUUGAUGCCUCAAUUGGGUAUAGGAUACGUUGGUCUCGCCACUUCUUGGACUACACCAAAGCCAUCCAAAGACGAAGAAGUGAACGACGAGCCCUUUCAACCUGAUGAUGCACCUGCAGGCACUCCUGAGGAAAUGCAAUCAUUCAUGGAAAGCAUCCAACCCUUCUUGAAAGAAAAUGCCAACAUUCCUCCUGGCAGCUUUUGCACAAUCCCUGAAUCCGUUAUCGAGCUCAAUACACCUAAAGACGCAAAAUGUUAUCGAAGGCAAUAUGAGUUUCCCAUUAAACGUCAACAACUUGUUGAAGGCACCGUUGCCCAAUGGCUGAAGGAUGGUAUUAUUACCAGAGUCCCUGCCAACAUUGACAACGGGUGGAACAGCCCUUUAACAUUUGCACCCAAAAAGGAUGCACAAGGUAACAAGGUUGGUGUACGUUUAUGUCUGGAUCCUAGGCAUAUUAACAAAUACCUUCCUGAUGACCGUCAUCCAUUACCUUUAAUACGCAGCGUCUUUGACAAGCUUGCAGGAGCAGCUGUAUUUACUACACUUGACCUGAAGAGCGCAUUUCAUCGUUUUAAGAUCCAUGAAAAGGAUCAGCAUAAGACCACUUUUACUUCGGCCUCAGGCAAUCAAUACAUGUUUGUCGGAUGUCCAUUUGGGUUAAAGCCCAUUUCAGCCAAGUUUCAACGGGUCAUGCAGAUCUUAUUUGAAGGAUUACCCUUUGUCACCACCUUUGUUGAUGAUAUUGUGGUAUAUUCCAAGAACAUGGAAGAACAUUGUGCUCAUGUUAGCAUCGUGCUGCAAAAGUUAACGAAAGCCAACUUGUUGCUUAAUCCAGACAAAUGCCAUUUCGCUCAAAAGGCUGUCUAUUUAUUGGGCUUCCGUGUAUCAGCUAAUGGAAAAGCUCUCGACUCUCGUAAGGUUACCAAUGUCCUCACAUGGCCUUCACCAGCCACUGGCAAUGAUGUUCAACGCUUCCUAGGUGUUGUGAAUUACUUUCGUGAUCACAUCCCCAACGUGUCUCGCUUGACGGCGCGUAUGGAUGCGCUUCGUAAUGCUGGUGACUUGAAGAAGCUAUGGACAAAAUACCACGAGGAAGACUUUCAAAAGCUCAAGUAUGUGAUAUCUCACGCCCCAAUGCUCAGGCACGUAAACUUAGCCUUGCCCUUCCACCUUGCCACUGAUGCCUCGAAUGAUGGUAUUGGUGCCGUCCUGUAUCAAAAAGAAAAUGGACGUAACAACAUUGUUGGUUUCAUGGCACGUGCUCUGACAAAAUCGGAAAGGAACUAUUCAGUCACCAAGCGUGAAUUACUCGCGGUGGUCUUUGCGUUCAAAAAGUUCCAUAAAUUCCUUUGGGGCCAACCAUUCACUCUUUACACUGAUCACAAAGCACUUGUAUAUCUCCAUACGCAAAAAGAUGCAAACCCCAUGAUGAUAAAAUGGCUUGAUACUCUUUUGGAUUAUACCUUUAAUGUUGUCCAUCUACCUGGUAUCCGUAACAUACUGCCUGAUCAUCUAUCGCGCCUGUUCUCUAAACCCACACAGUCGCUGGAGGGGGAUAAGAUACGCCAUGCCAAAAGCCUUGAGAGUCAGGAUGAAAACGCAUCCGAAAUGACCAUGCGGGCAGCGCAACUUGAAGACACAAUGGAACCUCCAACCGAAAGCGAGAAAAAAGAGAUCCUUGAAAACGCUCACUUGUUUGGCCACUUUGGCGCGGAUGCCAUCGUAAAGGCUAUACACAAUAAUGGAUUGCAUUGGCCGAAUAUCAAGGAACAAGCCGUUGAACUGGUAAAGUCCUGCAAGGAGUGCCAGAAAUACAACAUAGCUCAAAAUGGAUAUAAUCCGUUGAGACCCAUCCGUUCCUACAUACCUGGUGAUCACUGGGCCAUCGAUUUAGCAGGACCUCUUACCACAUCCACAAGAGGAAACAAUUACCUGCUCGUCAUGGUUGACUUGUGUACACGCUUUUGCAUAUUGCGUCCUAUACAAGAUAAACAAUCACAGACAAUCGUUAGCAAUCUCAUACAAGUGUUUUGCGACUUUGGAUUACCUCGCAUACUGCAAUCAGACAACGGCACAGAGCAACCCCGUUAA